AUGCCCUGGGACAUGCAGGCAGACAAGGAGCAGAGGAUGGAGACCAGUGAGGACAAAGCCCCAUGGCACAACCUUGUAGCAGAGGCCAUUUUGAGUGGCUCCACAGCACAGGAAUACAAUGGGGAAGAAAAGCUGCAGAGAUCCUUCAGGAGGAGGGACUCCAAACCCAGCCCAGGGUGCUCUGAAAAGGAAAGAUACACCCAGUGCCAAGAAGGUGGACAAAGCUUCAGCCAGAGCUCAGAGCUGGUGUUCCAUGAGCAGCUUCCUGAUGGGGAGAAGCCCCACAAGUGCUUGGAGUGUGGGAAGAGCUUCAGGCAGAGCAGCACCCUGAUCAGCCACCAGAUGAUCCACACAGGGGAAUGGGCCUACGAGUGUGGGGAGUGUGGGAAGGGCUUGAGCUGCAGCUCAAAACUUGUCAGGCAUCAACGCAACCACACUGGGGAGAGGCCCUACGAGUGUCCUGAGUGCCAGAAGAGGUUUCACACCAGCUCCCAUCUCCUCCAGCACCAGCGGAUUCACACAGAUGAGAGGCCCUUCAGCUGCCCUGACUGCGGGAAGGGCUUCAAGCGCAACUCCCACCUCGUCAGGCACCAGCUCAUACACACUGGGGAGAGGCCCUACGAGUGUCCCACGUGUGGGAAGAGGUUUGCCACCAGCUCCAAUCUCCGCCUGCAUGUGCAGAUUCACACAGAUGAGAGGCCCUUCCGCUGCUCUGACUGUGGGAAGGGCUUCAAGCAGAAACUCAACCUUGUCAGGCACCGUCGGAUCCACACUGCGGAGAGGCCCUAUGAGUACCCCACAUGUGGGAAGAGCUUCACCCAGAGCUCUGACUUGACCAGCCAGGAGUCACCGAUAAGGGAUGAAAGAUCCACCCUGUGCCAGGAAGGUGGACAGAGCUUCAGCCAGGGCUUGGAGAUGGUGGUCCAUGAGCAGCUUCCUGAUGGGGAGAAGCCCUACAAGUGCUUGGAGUGUGGGAAGAGCUUCAGGCAGAGCAGCACCCUGAUCAGCCACCAGAUGAUCCACACUGGGGAAUGGGCCUACGAGUGUGGGGAAUGUGGGAAGGGCUUCAGCUGCAGCUCAAAACUUGUCAGGCAUCAACGCAUCCACACUGGGGAGAGGCCCUACGAGUGUCCUGAGUGCCAGAAGAGGUUUCACACCAGCUCCAAUCUCCUCUGCCACCAGCGGUUUCACACAGAUGAGAGGCCCUUCCACUGUUCUGACUGUGGGAAGAGCUUCAAGUACAACUCCUACCUCAUGAAGCACCAGCGCAUCCACACUGGGGAGAGGCCCUACCAGUGUCCCCAGUGUGGGAAGAGGUUUCACACCAGCUCCAACCUCCUCCAGCACCAGCAGAUUCACACAGAUGAGAGGCCCUUCCGCUGCUCUGACUGCGGGAAGGGCUUCAACCGCAACUCCCACCUUGUCACCCACCAGCGUAUCCAUACCAGGGAGAGGCCCUACGAGUGUCCCCAGUGUGGGAAGAGCUUCAGACAGAGCUCUCAUUUGAGCAGACACCAACAGUCACCACUUCAUGAUGGGGAGAAGCCCUACAAGUGCUUGGAGUGUGGGAAGAGCUUCAGGCAGAGCAGCACCCUGAUCAGCCACCAGAUGAUCCACACUGGGGAAUGGGCCUACGAGUGUGGGGAAUGUGGGAAGGGCUUCAGCUGCAGCUCAAAACUUGUCAGGCAUCAACGCAUCCACACUGGGGAGAGGCCCUACGAGUGUCCUGAGUGCCAGAAGAGGUUUCACACCAGCUCGAAUCUCCUCUGCCACCAGCGGAUUCACACAGAUGAGAGGCCCUUCCACUGCUCUGACUGUGGGAAGAGCUUCAAGUACAACUCCUACCUCAUGAAGCACCAGCGCAUCCACACUGGGGAGAGGCCCUACCCGUGUCCCCAGUGUGGGAAGAGGUUUCACAUGAGCUCCAAUCUCCUCCAGCACCAGCGGAUUCACACAGAUGAGAGGUCCUUCCGCUGCUCUGACUGUGGGAAGGGCUUCAACCGCAACUCCCACCUCGUCACCCACCAGCGUAUCCAUACCCGGGAGAGGCCCUACGAGUGUCCCCAGUGUGGGAAGAGCUUCAGACAGAGCUCUCAUUUGAGCAGA